GUGAGGGAGGGGAAAGAUGGCGGCGGGCUCGGAGCUGCUGGAUGAUGUGUUUUUUAGCGCGGAGGUGGAUGAGACGGCGGUGAGCGCGGUAGUCGGAUCUUUGGAGUCCCAGCUCAUCGGCCCCGGAGUCGGGAAGCUCGCCGGCAGGCUGCAGACCCCCGGCGGGCAGCGCAGAGCCGCUGCGGGGGACAACAGCGCCCAAACCCGCGAUAACAACAACACGGGACCCGGGCAGGAGAGCGCGAGACCCGGGCAGGAGAGCGCGGGAGCAGGAGCGAGAGUGCCAGCUGGUGCCAGACUGCAGAGCAUUGGCGCGGGUACACCUGGGCACCUCAAACAGGGACUCGGACCAGCUCCCACGCUCAACCACACGCCGGUCAGUGGGCAGAGAGCUGCGCCAACCGGUGCGCCAAUCGGUGCGCCGACAGGUGCCACCCUGAACGGCAGUAAUAUGGUGAUGGUGGUGAACUCUCACGACUCGGCAGCUUUCUCCAACACGUCCUCCUCACCAGCGCCAGUACCCCCAACCCCCGGCGCCGCCGUCAACAACGGACCCGGCUGCGUUCUCAAAGCUCCGCCCCCGCCGUCCGGCACCGUCAUCCAGACCUCUCUGAUGAACACUUCCACUGUGAUCUCGGCGCAGACCCCCGGCCUGACCACGAGACCCACCGUGGCGCUGGUCAGGCCGCCUAUGCAAACCCAGGUGACGGUGGCGCCGCCGAACGGAGCCGCGGUGAACGCCGUGCACCUGCCCACCACGAUAACGGUGGCACAGAGCCACAGAGUGGACUCGCCCAAAGCCCUACAGACUGUGGCUCAGGCCCCUACCACAGUGGUUCAGCCAAUCAGAGGCCCCAUAAUGCAGACUGGGGGCAGGAUUACAGUGCCAGGAGCGGUGGCGGCCGGCGCCGGAGCUAUUCGGGCCAUCGCUCCGCAGGUUCUAGCCCCGAGAGUCCCGCCCCCCCAACAGAACCAGCCUAGCGUCCACAAUAUCCAGCUCCCACCAGGUAUGGUCCUGGUGCGUAGUGAAAGUGGUCAGUUGUUGAUGAUCCAUCAGCAGACGUUGGCUCAGAUGCAGGCUCAGACUCAGGGCGCCAUGGCCCAGAGACCCACAACCCCCACCAGCACUCCACCUGUCCACAUUACCUCCGUACAGGCCCCUGGGACCCCGUUAAUAACGCGGCCGGUGGCCCCCACCACUAUAAUCAAACAGAGCUCUCCUGUUCCUGCAGGGGUUCAGCCCACCACUGCACUCCAGAGACCCCCAAUACUGCAGAAUACUAUAAUGUUGGGAGGCACACCGGCGCCCCCUGUUGGCACACCUUCACCAGGCCAGGUUGGAGUGGCUGCAGCUCAAAGAGUGACCCCUGCUGGACCCACGCCUACUGGUCCUCCACCUCCCACCGCUGUAACUCCGGAAACGUUAGAAAACGUGAAAAAGUGUAAGAACUUUCUAUCCACGUUGAUCAAGUUGGCAUCCAGCGGUAAACAGUCCUCAGAAACGGCAGCUAACGUGAAGGAGCUGGUUAAAAAUCUCCUGGAGGGAAAGCUGGAAGCGGAAGAUUUCACCAGCAGGCUGUACCGGGAGCUGAACUCCUCACCUCAGCCCUACCUCGUGCCUUUCCUUAAGAGGAGUCUUCCGGCGCUACGUCAGCUGACUCCGGAUUCAGUGUUGUUUAUCCAGCAGAGUCAGCUCCCGCUGGGCCCGCCCCCCACGGCCACGCCCCCUUCCCCCGCCCUCACCUCCGCCGUACUGGCAGGAUCCACCCCCACCACGCAGCGCUCCAUAGCCCCGCCCACAGCGACCCCUACAGCUGCCACCAAGACCACCUCCAUCACCUCGACCACUUCAUCCACCUUAACCACGCCCACCACCUCAGCUCACCAACCAAUCGCCAGCCUGCCUCAGCACACACACAGCAAACCCAACCUGGUAGUUCAGCAGCAGGGGGCGCUGGUCAGAGGGCCUCAGGUGACGCCGAUGAUCACACUGAGACCGGGUCAGCCUCGUAUGUUCACACCUGUGGUCAGAACGCAGACGCAGACGCUUCCCUCAGGCUGUAUGAUGAAGACGGCGGUCUCUGUGGGCAGUAAGGUGUUGUCUGUACCCGGGUCUCAGUCUUUGCCCUCUGCUCUCCAGAAGGCCAAAUUAAAAGAUGCAGGCGGCGCCACCUUCAGGGAUGAUGAUGAUAUUAACGACGUGGCCUCCAUGGCUGGAGUGAACCUGUCUGAGGAGAGUGAUCGGAUCCUGGCGACGAACUCUGAGCUGGUGGGGGCGGUGACCCGGUCCUGUAAGGAUGAAGCGUUCCUGUACACCGGCGCUCUGCACAGCAGGAUCCUGCAGAUCGGUAAGAAGUUCGGUAUCUCGGAGCUGGGCAGUGACGUGGUCAGCAUCGUCUCUCACGCCGCUCAGCAGAGGCUGCAGAACCUUCUGGAGAAGGUGACUCAGGUGGCCCAGCAGAGGAACGUCCCUUAUAAGGAGGACGAGCGGCACGAGCAGGUGAGCGACGUUCGGGCUCAGCUGAAGUUCUUCGAGCAGCUGGAUCAGAUGGAGAAACAGAGGAAAGAAGAGCAGGAGAGAGAGAUUCUGAUGAAAGCAGCAAAGUCCCGAUCCCGACAAGAAGACCCGGAGCAGCUCCGCCUCAAACAGAAAGCCAAAGAGAUGCAGCAGCAGGAAUUGGCUCAGAUGAGGCAGAGGGAUGCGAAUCUGACGGCUCUGGCUGCGAUUGGACCCAGAAAGAAGCGGAAAGUGGAUUCUCCGGCCAGCGGAUCAGGACCAGAGGGGGUGUGUUCUGCUGGUUCUGGUGGGUUGUGCUCGGUGGGUUCGGGGGGAUCGCGGCAGUUCUCCCGGCAGCGCAUCACUCGGGUUAACCUCAGGGAUCUGCUCUUCUGCCUGGAGAACGAGCGAGACACCAGCCGAUCACACCUGCUUUAUAAAGCUUUCCUCAAAUAACACACACACACACACACAUACUCACACACACACACACACACCAUUCAUCUCACACUGUAAAAGAAAACUCUGGUGUUUUACAGCCUGAUCUGUAUCUCCUGUGUCUCUCAGAGAGCAGCCAAUCAGAGUUCGGAAUAAAUUAAAUUAUAUAUAGUAAAUUAUUAUUA